UGUUCAGCAGCAUCUUUCUGCGGAUCUGCGCCCCGUACUUUCUGACUCUCCUCCUCCAAACAGUGGGACGAAUAGCAAAAUUGGGGGGAAAAGAAGAAGAAGAAACAGACAUUAAAGCCGUGAGCUUCUUGUUUCGCGGUAGGAGCAUUUCAUACGUCUGAGGCGCUUGUUUUGUUCCCCCCCCCCCUCCCCUCAACCCCCUCGUCCUCGGAGGGAUUUUUGAGACCGCCGGACUUCUCAUCGUUGACUUCACGCUCUCAUAAGGGCCUUCCCUUCUUCAUUUUGUUUUUGCUUUCCAGGAAAAAACAAAAUGGGGAAACAGAACAGCAAGCUGACCCCUGAGGUGAUGGAGGACCUGGUGAAGAACACGGAGUUCAACGAGCACGAGCUGAAGCAGUGGUACAAGGGAUUCCUGAAGGACUGCCCCACCGGCCGGCUAAACCUGGACGAGUUCCAGCAGCUCUACGUCAAGUUCUUCCCUUACGGCGACGCGUCCAAGUUCGCCCAGCACGCUUUCAGGACCUUCGACAAGAACGGCGACGGCACCAUCGACUUCAGAGAGUUCAUCUGCGCGCUGUCCAUCACAUCGCGAGGGAGCUUCGAGCAGAAGCUCAACUGGGCCUUCAACAUGUACGACCUGGACGGAGACGGCAAAAUCACACGGGUGGAGAUGCUGGAGAUCAUCGAGGCGAUCUACAAGAUGGUCGGCACGGUGAUCAUGAUGAAAAUGAACGAAGACGGCCUGACGCCCGAGCAGAGGGUGGACAAGAUCUUCUCCAAGAUGGACAAGAACAACGACGACCAGAUCACGCUGGAGGAGUUCAAGGAGGCGGCCAAGAGCGACCCGUCCAUCGUACUACUGCUGCAGUGCGACCUCCAGAAAUAAGCCGGGAUGCGGCGGAGAGAGCGCCCCUCCCCCCACCCCCACCAGCCGCCACGGACUGCACAGAAAGAAUUUCAUGUUCCAUUCGGUUUGCAGCUAUUUCCACUGAAAAAAGUAAAAAAAGAGAAAAAAAGAGAAAAAAAUUAUAUGCUUGGACUACCUUUCAAUGGAUCUGCUUCUUGUAUUUGAAACACUCGUGUGCAUGAGAAUGUUAUUUGCUAUGAAACAAAAACAUCGACACAGCAUACCUGCAAACACACACACACACACAUCUCUACAUAUAAACAACUUGCACAAAUAAUAACUAUAUAUAUGAAGAAAUAUAAAUAUGAAUAUAUAUUAAAAUUAUUUAUAGAUCAACUGCCAAAAUGUGAAGUGUGCAAAAGUAUUUUCCAUUCAGUUUCAUUCUACCAGAGCUUGCGCAUCGUGUGAUGUGCUGACGUCGAACUUGCCGCUACUCUAUUUAUUGUUCCGAGUUUACCGAUGCUAGCUGUGCGUGUUUCACCAAAACCUGUCGACCGAACCGAACUCUUGCGACGGCGUACCUUCUUCCAGAACCCCCAUCCGUCUGUUCAAAUAUUAGCUCUAGACGAGGCGGAUUAGCCCGAGUUUCCCCACCGAAACGAGCCGGUGCCGUCCACGAAUACAGUCAAUGUUGUUCAUUUGCAUGCCUUUAGGUUCUGCCUUAAAAGUCGAAUUUCCAUCCGGUGAUUGAAGACAGAAAGCCUUAUCGACGCGACGCAGUGACUCUUGAGGGGAGACAGUUUUUUUUUUGUUGUUGUUGUUGUUGUCGUUUUUCUUUUUCAAAAUAACUCAGCCCGCUGCGAGUAUUCUUGUACCGGUUGUAAGCUCUGUGAUCCGUUUGAGACUUUUUCUUUGGAUUGCUUUUAACUGUGGGAGCAUGUUUCCUUGUAGAUUAUCUGUGCUAUAUGUUGCUGAGACCUAAAUGUCCCCUGCCCGAUGUGCACACUUAUCUCGUUACAAGUUGGCCGACGCCGAGGGAUCAGGACCGUGUCGGUUUGGACGAGAGCUAAACUCGCAGAACUCCCGAGGUAAACCCAAUGAAGGCGACUGAUUUCGGAUCGAUCGGGCUGGAGUUGUAUUAGGAAAGCCAGUCCGAUUCAACUCUCUUUACUUAUUUGUCACGUUUAGUUCAUUUUGGCUCUCAGGUUGCAUAUCGUUACGAGGAAUUAGAAGUGAGCGUUGAAGUAACCCAGAGGGGAGGUGUUUGCGGUGUCCCAAGAGGUCAGCUCUUAAGGUCAAGAUUUUCUGUUCGGUAGGUUUAUUACAACUUGUCCUCUUCGGAGCCCUCAAAGUGUUUCUCUUUUACCAAUCAGUCCGAUUUUUGUAUGUUUUUUACUCCCUUUGUUUCAUACGUCCCACAGUGAAGCAGUUCCUCCCGACGGUGACGUUACUGACGUUCCUUGGCCCCAGUAUAUUCCAGGCUUUAUGCAUUUGUUUAGUGGGAUAACAGGAGAACGAUGCAGAUUUGGCAAUAAAGAUUUUAUCAUGUUAGUCCAUCUUCGUCCCCUCAGCAGUGUGGAUUGUAACCCUGGUAAAGUGUCCAAUCUGAACAUCUUAGGCCUGAUGAUGUUUCUAACUACGACCCUCCUUCUGAGAGGAUACCAAGUCAAAGGAAUGGCAACUGUGUAAAAAAAAAACAAAAGCAAAAAAAAACAAAAAACAAUUCUUUUGUAGCAUGUAUUGUGUCCCUGACGACAUGGCUGCACUACUCCCUGUAUUGUGAUUUAAUCUAAUAAAAUAAACUCUAUGGGCA